CGGUGGUGACGGCGGCGGCGUGGUGAUCGGCAACGGCACCGCCGGGCCGACGUCGGCGUCGUCGUUGCUGCAGACGCCGCUGCAGCCGCUGCAGCCGACGCCGCUCGUCGGCCAGCCGAACAUCACCGGCGCUGGUGCCGUCGUCGGGGGCGGUGCUGUUGUCGGCGGCGGCGGAAGCGGUGGUGGCGGUGGCGGCGACGCGUUCGACGGCGGAUACUGGUGGUGGGCCCUGCUGGCCGUGUUCCUGGUGCUGGCCACGGCCGCCGGCAACAUACUCGUCUGUCUGGCCAUCACGUGGGAACGCCGCCUGCAAAAUGUCACCAACUACUUCCUCAUGUCGCUGGCCGUCACCGAUCUCAUGGUCGCUGUGCUCGUCAUGCCCGUCGGCAUACUCACCCUCAUCAAAGGAGAGUUCCCGUUCGCCCCCGUGUACUGUUUAGCGUGGAUAUGCCUGGACGUGUUGUUUUGCACGGCUAGCAUAAUGCAUCUGUGCACUAUUAGCGUGGACCGGUACUUGAGCCUGAGGUAUCCGAUGAAAUUCGGCCGGAACAAGACGCGACGGAGAGUGAUACUGAAAAUCGUGUUCGUGUGGCUGCUGUCGAUCGCGAUGAGUCUACCGCUGAGCCUCAUGUAUUCAAAAGACUUUAACUCAGUGCUGGUAAACGGCUCUUGUCAAAUACCAGAUCCUUUGUACAAACUGAUUGGAUCUAUAGUGAGUUUUUACAUUCCUCUGGGCGUGAUGAUAUUGACAUACACGUUGACUGUCCGACACUUGGCUGCGAAAAGGCAAAAUCUUCAGACAGGCAUCACGCACAAUUCAAAUCCAACUAACGCGAGGAGGAGCUGGAGGCGAAUCCUGCGCCGGAACUAUCGGAGGACCCGUUCGGACGAAACGGACAUGCGGUCAGCGACCGGUGAGGAGCUAACCGGCGUGAUCGUGUCGACGGGAGCGGGCCAACCGCAGUCGACCGCCCUAACGGCAGCGGCGGCGGUCAAACAGGACGGCAACGGCACGCUGGCGGCCGGCUCGCGGUGCGCAGUGGUCGCGACCACGGCGGACGACGACGGCACGGGUGACGACAGCACGGACGGCAGCCCGCGCGACGGACACCUUCACCGCCAUCACCGGCUGGUGACGCCCACCGCGAGCUGCCGAAGCACGCCGUUCCGGCACAACCCGUCCGUCGGCUCGGCCGACACCGAAAUGACGUCGCUGGACACCCGCGAGCUGUGGCUGCCCGACACCGAGCCCACGCCGUCCACCAUGUCAGCGCUGCACCAGUUCGGCGCCGAAAUGCUCAGGUUGUCCCGGGGCCUGGAGAAAGUGGCCUCGCCCGAAUCCAAGCCGGCGUCCCCCGACCGGUCCAGAUUGUCCGACGACGGAGAUGACGCCGGGGAUUCCGAUGAUGGAGACGACGUCAAUUACGCGAUGGAUGAUGACGACGACGACGACGACGACGCGAGAGAGCGUGACGAUAACCCCGGACGACCGUUGGACGGUGGUUCGAUGGUCCCGGAAGAAGACUCGGUUACGGGGACGCCGCGAUGCCGACGGGCCAAACGGCAACGGCGACGUCGCAGACGGCGGUCGGGCACGUUGCACGAGUCGAUGCGCCGUCGUUUCGACGGCCACAACCAUCACCACCUGACGCACCCGUACUACCAUCAUCACCACCAUCACCACCACCAUCACCACCAUCACCAUCACCAAUCGCCGACGGGGUCGCAUCACCGGGGGCGACCGACACGGGUCCGGAGCUUUCACGAGGACGAACUGCUCCGGCACCACCGGCCGGAUCCCGCGUCGCCGACGGCGGCCCACAGCGGACCGAAGAUCGUGGGCACGCUGCUGAAGCCCGAGUACCAACGGAAACCGGGGUUGGACGAGGAGAUCUGCCUGCUGCCGCCGCCCCCGCGCCGGCCCCGGCGGCGGUGUUCCGCGUCCACGAGUAGCGGCGACACGACCGCCGCGGCGCCGUCCCCGCCGCCGGUGUCCGCGUCACGGCCGUGCACCGCGGCCGAACGGACGCCACCGCGGACGCCUCCUUCGCACGUUUCGACCCCGCAACAGCAGCAGCAGCAGCAGCACCAACAGCACCAAAAGCAGCGGCAUGCCACCGUGACAGAAUGGUCGACCACGUCCAACGCGACCACGACCGCGUUGGCGGCGGCCUGCGGCGAUCAACCGUUGCGCCGUGCCAUGACGCAGAAGCUGAUACGCAAGCGGACGCCGUUGGCCGCCGUCAGCCAGCAAUCGCCGCUCGUCCGGUACGGGUCCACGUUGGGGCUGCCGUCGUCGCGGAAACGGACGCAGCAGCAGCAACAGGUGCAGGCGCAAAAGUCCAACAGCGCAAGUCGGUCGAGCGUGAUGAUCCGCAACUCAUACCGGCACGGCCGCAUCAUCCGGCUGGAGCAGAAGGCCACCAAGGUGCUGGGCGUGGUGUUCUUCACGUUCGUGUUCCUGUGGACGCCGUUCUUCGCACUCAACCUACUGCCGUCCGUGUGCCCCGACUGCGAGGCCAACACCAACAAGGGCCUCAUCGACCUGGUCACGUGGCUGGGCUACGCCAGCUCCAUGGUCAACCCGGUUUUCUACACCAUUUUCAACAAGGUGUUCCGGCAGGCUUUCAAGCGUGUGCUCAUGUGCAAGUACAGAGGCCGCAGCAAGAGGCACUCGUGGCCACCCCCGCCGGCCGCCAGGAAGGUCUGAUGACCGUGACGGGCACCGCUUUUCCCGGACGCCCGAUUCGCUGCUCUCCGCGUGGGGGGAGGAACUUUUCACCUUCCGAGUCUCCGCGCGUUUGUGUGUGUGUGUGUGUAUGCUUUUUUUUUUUAGUUUUCCCCCGAAUAUACAUGUGUUCGUGUUCGUACGCGGGUUCGCACUUGCAAAUUAAACGGUCUUUCCCCCUGUCCUUUCGAGGCAGGUCAACAACACCUCUUUCGAAAUAUUAUGCGAUCGGGGACGAGGUAACGAUGAACGUGAAACGCCCGGGAGAAUAACGCACUGCGACUCGUGUGGUAAGUACGUGAUUCCGAGCGCACGAAGGUUUGUCAAUAAUUUAUUUAAGGUUUGAAGGCGUUGUGAAUAGGCAAUUUCAUUACGUAUACGCAUCGGGUGUAAUUUCUCGGUAUGAGGGAUAACGACCGUGUGCGUAUGUCAAAACGUAAAUUUAAUUAAUCACAAUUAAUCACAAUUUGCUUGAAAAUUAUACAGACAAUGUUUUUAUCAGAUUACGUUUUAAAAAAUUUUAACCGAAUAUAAUCUGACACGUAAAAAGCACGAUCUCAAUUCUGAUCCGUAUUCUAUAUAACCGUAGGUUGCCGAAUCCUGUUCUGUAACUUGAUGAUGAUAGUUAUUUUAAUUUUUGCUAUCGUCGACAUCGCAUAAAUUUGCUGUUCGUAAAUUACUGAACGGCGUCGAGUGUUUUACAUAUUUUACCUGACGAUAGUCAAUGAACAGUCGUUUAAAAUGAUACACUGUACUUGUAUGUACAGUUUUGUACUAUUUGGACGUUCGAGUUAUGUAUGUAUUUCUUUUUAUCCCAAUUUCUUUUUAACCUGGCUGGAAUAUUAUUAGUAUGUUAUCGUUUUGGAAUAAAGUUGUUCGUUUUUACGGCCGACCAACUUCGAUGGCUAAUGCGGUGGUGGGUAGAUAAAAUGUACGGGUAUGACAAGGGUUCAAGGAGAUCCGAUAAAACGUAUCAAUCUCAUGCUUAUAUAUAUAUAUAUAUAUAUAUAUAUAUAUAUAUAUAUAUACUCGUAUAUGUGUUUGUUCGGAAUGAAUAUAUCGUUUUAGAAUAUCAGGUUCUUUGGAUAUAAAUUGUAAAAUAAAACCUCUAAAAAAAAGCGGUUCUAUACACUUUCAUAAAAUAAUUAAUCGUAUUCAGAAUGAUUUAUCGCCGUAGAAAUGAACUAAAACAUCACAAAAGAAGAUUUUUAUUUAUUUUCUCCAAAUUCAAUUUAAGAACUGACAAUCGUUUAAAAUAUAUAAAACACAUUACGUGCAACUAAUUUAUAUAUAUAUGUAUAAUGGGUGCAAUUUAUAUAGCCAACUUCAUAAUAUUUUAUAUAUUAAUUGAAAAGUACUUAGGGAACUGAGUUAAAAAGUUAAGUUAUUAUCAACCUCUUGAGUCGACUGGUUCGUUUUAUCAACCGUUAACUUACAAUUGUAUGGUCAGGUAAUAACGUCCUUUUGAAGUUUAUCUAAUUAAAAUAGGAAUCUUACGGGGGACUGGGGUUUUUAUUCGUAUUUAUCGUGUGUAUACAAUCCGCAUGCGUUAUCAUAGCAAAGGGAUAAUUUGUGAGCGAAAAAAUGUUUUUAUAGCAGUUUAGUUUAUAUAUUACAAUAGUGCUUACCUGACUUGGAUGAGUUAAGUUUUUAAUCGACUUCUUUCUACACGCGCUCAUUACAAGCCAUUUUGGUUAAUUGGACUCAAUAUGAUUUUGCCCUGUUUCUGAUGAUAUUUCACUUACCUACUCACGGUCGACCCGAAGUCGUACUACUACAGAUUCUGGCGGAAGAAUUACGAACAAAUCGCGUAUAAUAUUAAACGAUAUUAUUGAUGAUGAUGAUGCAUAUAUUGCGUAGACGUCUUGUGCAACAGAAAAUGUUUGAAAAUUUGCUCCGCAGAACCCAUUACAAUUCUACGACCUACGGUUUUCGUACGGAAUUUUAAACGCGUCAACGUGUUUGCAAAACCACGUGUCAAGUUUUCAGUAAUUUCAUGAUAAUACGAUAAUAUCCAGUUGGAAUGCGUGUGUAGCCCCAUACAGAAUAAAGGACCGAAUAAAACGUUAUAUUCUUCUCCGAAUUACCUAACCAUAAGUGGGUAUGUGUGUAUAUGUGUUACGUGUACGUCCGUUUUUUUUUUUUGUAUAUUUUUUAAAUUUAUUCAUUGUAGUAUGCUCCAAUCAGGAAACCACUACAGAUUAUUAUAAAAAUUUGUUUUCGGUCCGCACCUCGUACGUAUAUUAUGACCGUAUAUGCAAUUGUAGCAUUAUAAUUGUUUUUCUUUUAUCCUAUGAACCACAUCUCUACAUUACGUUCAACAAAUAAUAUUGAAUAAUAAUUAUUAAGCCGUGUGGCGUUGAGAAUUUUCUCACUUACUGAUCGCAUUUCGUAUCGCAUAAUACGCCUAGCAUCGUGUACGUAUAUAAUAAUCAGUUAUGUGUAAAUCGCAACUGUAAGUGUUCUCAUAAUUUAUUGAUCCAAUAAAAUUCUGACAACAAUAGUAUAUUUUUGAGUACGGUUUUAAUUUAAUCGUUGUACCGAUAUUCCUCGCUCAACUUCUACUUUCUAGACCAUGAACAUAUUUUAAGAAGAUCAAUUUACUUAACACUCGCUCCACCUUUGGAAUACAAUUAUAAAUUUUUUAUAUCCGAUUUUGAUCAUGUUUCAUUUUAAGGAAUAUUUAGAUUCAUUUAUUUCUAUAAUAUGCUUAUCAGAAUUUAUUAACAUCAGUACUUCAUACAAUAGUAAAAAAUAACGUAUAAAUAUUAAUACUGUUAACAUCUUAUCAAAUUUAAAUAUAUUUUUACUUUAUAGUACAGAUUCUAGUCAACAUAAGAUCUUCGAUUUUUUUAUUGGUCAACAAAAUAUCUGUAGAGAAAUUUCAUUAAAGCGCUCGACACGUUGCUUUUCAAUCAAACCCAUAUGUACUUUGAAAUAGUAAUUUUCCAAUUGUUUUCUAAAAAGUUAUAAAAUAUAUUAAAAAAAAAUAAUGCAAAACUAACAUUAGGUUAUAGGAUAUAUUUUUACUGAAAUUACGCAUCCUUGGCAACGGUUUCGAGCAGUAAUGAAACAAUAUGUCUGCAUAUCUUUGUUCUUAUGCACCAAUUUUCCUAAACGGUCGUCCUUCAGCCACGGGUAUUCGGUCAUUAUUUUAUUGGAACAUUCCCUAAUGCGACUUUCCGACCAAAUUAUAAUUAUAUGUAAACAAAAUAUACUUUAAUCAUUACGCGAUAAGUGUGUAACAGUUGCGGUUUAAAAAUCUGCAACCGUUGAUUCUUAAACAAGUCAAAUAUGAUGCUAGAUAGUUUAGAAUUUUCUAUAAUUAUGUUUAAUUUUAAUUUUAUAAUACUGUUAAAGCUUUCAUUGGUAUUACGUUUAUGGUGUACGAUAGUAAAUACAACUUAUAUUUAUGUUCAUAUUGUAUAUUUACGCAUGGUAUAUAAUGUAAUUAGAUCGAAAACGCUGUUAAUAUCAUGUCAUUUAAAAAUAUUGCGUUGUAUUAUUUGGUAUUUCUACGCAGGUAAUUAUAAUUUUAACUCCGACCCCCAUGAACCUAUAUGUGUCCAUACAAAUUGUAUGUAUUUAUUAGAAUAUAUUAAUAAUAAUAUUAUCCAAUAGUUUAA